AGCUACUACUCGCUCUGUUCUGUGAUCAUGGCUGCACUGGACCACACCAGCCAUGUUUGCUAAUUUAAUACCCAAAGGUUUAGGGAAUAGUUGUUUAUUAUUUACCUGUGUGCCAUCCUCACCCGCACAUAUUUGCUUUUAGAUGAAGGUUUAGGUAAGCCUCCACCUCUUCGAUAAUCCAAGGACUGAAAGAUGGAGUCAAAUAAUCAUUUCAACUAUGGCACCCACUCCUCAGCUAACUCAGGACUGAAACUCUCUUCAGGGGAUUCUCUUUAUACUAACGGGUCCUCCAUGAGUUUUCCUCAGCAGGGGAAGAAUAUGAAUGGCGAAAUGAAUGUGAAUGGCGUUACUACUGUUCUCGGGUCUGGCGUGCCUGGUUCCAACCCCCCGACUGCUCCUUACCCACACAUGAGCAACCACCACCAGGGCAGCAUGGGCUACGACUACUUGUGGGGAGGCCACCCUCAGUACGGUCCAGCCAUGGGCACACCUCCUGGGCACGGGAUGCACCAGAAGCAGUCCGCUCCUGGGAUGGUGCAGCCUCAGUCACAGCACCACUUCCAGGGACGUGGACAGUACCAACUGAACGGGGGUGUUGAAGCCUCCCACCAGCCCCCUGUGGCAGGCCCACCAAACAUGCCUCUAACUGGGAGUCAGUACUGGAACAGGAGCAACCCUAGCCCGCAGCAGAUGAGCUAUAAUUCCCACAGUAUGUAUGGGAGCUACCAGAGUCAGGCACAUCCUGGAAUUACACCGUCACAACAUCACCAGCAGCAGUCCUUACAGCCUCCGUCACAGCAGCACCUCCACUCCCAUCGCCUCCCACACCAACACCACCAGCAGCACCAGCAACCACAGCACUAUGGCAUGUUGCCUAAUGGGAUGCCAUACUACCAGCAUCAACCCCAGCACCCUUCCCUGCCAUCUUCCCCGCAACAGCCACCCCAGCAGUCUCAGCCCCAAAGCCAGGCUCAGAUGAUUCCCCCUGCUGCGCAGAAUUUUACUCCUCCACGUGGCAGCCCACAGCACCACAGUUUAGGCAGGGGAGGCACUGGCAGCCCCCUCCCCGUUGGGAUGUCCUCGGCACCAGUGAUAUCACCAUCAACAGCGCAAGAGAGUGGAUCCCCCAAGGGCCACAGCAGGGAGCGGAGCCCCCAUGCCGGCAAUCUAGGAGUCUCUACUGUCGUUCAAGGCCAUACAAGAGAAGCUGUGAAGGAGGUAGACACAAAUUAUAACGGCACAGAAAGAGCAUCUAUUUCCCAAAGGCUGCCCAAAGGUGAUAGUUACCUACCCCACCCCAUGGGACCUACAAGUGAUUAUCAUCAGCCUUCUGAGCAGCCUGCAGCGCCGCGACCAGAGAUGUCUGUCAGAGAGACAGCCGUGAAAACACCCCCUAAGUCCAUGUCCUCCCAGCUCUCUGCAUCUACACCUCCUGCAGCAGUGUCAACGUCUACAGCCCGGGCCUCAACACCUCCUCGAGUCUCUGCCGCUCCUGCUUACUUUGAUUCUUCCACAUCCCCACCUGUGCCCCCAGUGUCACCCCCUGAUGUCGAAGCUGCCCCGGCACAAAUCACAACACCUCCUUUAAUGAUGCAGUGCCCCAGGCCUCCCGCUUCUGCUGCAACCGAUUCGUCUCCUGCUGGAUCCAAUCAUCUGUCAGCAGGGUCCUCUUCCUCCUCCUUGCCUGCAUCGGCUCCAAAGUUGUCUACACCUCCUGCUUCAGCUGAUGUUGUGUCUAAACCUGCAUCGGGUUCUUCUGUCUCAGAGUCUGUCGCUCAUCAGAACACGUCCUCAUUGCCUCCUGUAGCAUCAGGACCUCCCAAAACGGUCUCCCCUCCCGCUCUGGUGCCCACGUCUUCUUACUCAGUGUCUGCACCUAUCUCACCUCUUCAACGGAUGGUUCAAGGGUCCAAGCCACCUCUGCUGACACCUUGCUUUCCAGACAAAUAUGGAGGUCAACUUGAAAAGCAUGGACCCCCCAAAUUAUUGUCCACAUCCUCAGUAGGCGAGAAGACUUCAGUAUCAUCAGGGCCUCUAACUGCAGCAUCACCUGGCUCUUGUUUAUCUACAUCUGCAUCUCCCAUUACUGUGUCAAAAGCUCCUUCAGCAUCCACACCCAAGCGUCAGACAGACACUCCACCAGCUGCUGACUCUGGUCUUCCAACUGCCUGUGCAGCAUCGUUACCACCUGCCACCGUGAACCUCCCCUCAGCCCAGGAAAGUCCCACAGUCCGACCUCUGUCCACCCUACCUCUUCUAACCACUCAAGCCUCCAGGACUGCACCCGCGUCUGGCCCUCCUGCCUUGGUUUCUGCGCUUUCAGGAGUAGUCCGAAGUUCUGGCGUUGCGCAGCGUUCUUCUGACACCACCGCUCCUCAUCUUCUUAAGUCUCCCCAGCCAGAGCACCGUGAUCACAGUGACACUAAGAGAAAUGGGAAACAAGAGGAAAACUUCGCUCAGCUUGAUUCUGGCACAAAAAGCAUGUCACAGAGAGUAGAAGCUGAUGAUCAGAAGCCCAGCAAUGAAAGGAGAGAAUCUGAACAGCAGCAUAUGAAAAGCAUGGUCACCUGCAAAGUGGAUGAGGAGCAGAUGCCUCUCAGACAGUCCUCCCACCUCCACAUGACAAGGUUGGAACUGACUGAUGAGGACAGUUUUGAUAACUCUUCCCAGUUUGACACCCCCUCUCAAAUUCAUGUCAGCUCUGUCUUCGAGGAGGCCUCGCACGAAGAAGAUGGUAGCUUGUGCGUGGAUGACUCCGCUCUCUUUGACAACAGCUUCCCCUCCAGACAGGACACUUCUCAGUUUGACAACACUUCCCAUGCAGAAGAAGAACAGUCUACUGCGUUCGACACCACUAGAGACAGCAGCUCCUCCGCAGACGACUCCAGAGAUGACACGUUGAACUCCACCAGGGAAGGAGAAACAUCUGAGGCAGGCGAGACCAAGGACAGCUUCCAAAUCCCCGGUGACUCCAUGCUGCAGUCGUCUCUCAACGACAGCUCUCAGAUGGAGGAUCCCUCUUUGGACUUCAGCGACGUGUCCAACUCGCGCUCACUUUUGUCAUCUCAGCCAGGCGCAGAAGCCGAGUGGGAACCCAGAGGACAUGAUGCACCCGACUCCGUUGAACGCGUCAGCCAAAAGACCACACUAGAUGAGAGCUCGACUCCGCCGAGUUUCAAGAUGAGAGACGAGAACUUCAUCGCCUUCAGUACGCCAGCAGAGGGCCCCGCUGUCCACCCGCUCCAACCAGUGACUGAUCAGACUGUGUCGGCUGCUGCAGGACAGCUGAAAACCCCAGGGAAAACACGCAAACCUCGUACUCCAAAAGCGUUGUGGACGAAAACCCCAGCUCCAGAGGGGACCCAGCGGAAGCCCAGGGGCCGAACCCCUAGAGUGGUGAAGGCUGAUGAGGAGGGAGUAAAGAAAGCGGAGGGGACAGGAAGGGGCAGAAAGAGGAAGAAGCCUCUCAAAGGCGAUGUCAAAGAAACAUCAGAUGGAUGUGGAGAGGCCGGGCCAUCCACGGAAGAGUUCGAUACCGUCACGGACACGAUUGAUGCUGUGCUGGCAAACGCUUCAGCUAUCGACACAUCAGUGGAGAAACCCAAGAAGGGGAAAAGGGCCAAGAAACAAGACAAGGAAGGAAACCUCGUAAAAACACCCAAAAAGGACAAAGAAAAAGCUGCAGAUGGCGCAGACGAAAAUGACGACGACAGCUCCACUGCAGGUGAAUCUAGAGGACGGAGGGUCGCGACUGAGGAGCAGGUUCAGUUCCCAAUGCAGCAUGGUUGGAAGAGGGAGAUUCGUGUGAAGAAAACGGAGGACCGCAUGAAGGGUGAGACCUGGUAUUACACGCCCUGUGGAAGGAGGAUGAAGCAGUUCCCAGAAAUAAUCAAGUACUUGAAGAGGCACACAGACAGCGUGGUGAGCAGGGAACACUUCAGCUUCAGCCCACGCAUGCCUGUUGGAGAUUUUUAUGAAGAAAGAGAAACUCCUGAGGGUAUGAAGUGGACCCUUUUGGCCAACGAGGAGGUUCCCUCUAUGAUCAUGGCCAUCACCGGCCGGAGAGGUCGUCCUCCAAACCCUGACAAAGAGAAACCUCGCAGAGCUCGUGGACUGAAGGCAGGGCCGCCCCGCCGCCCGGGUCGACCUCCCAAACCGAAGAUGGUGGACCUCCUCAGCAAAGUUGAUGCCAAGCUUUUGAAUCGGCUUGAGGCAAAGGAAGCUCUCACAGAGGAGGAAAAGGAGAAACUUGCAAAAAUCAAAAAGAAGAUGAAGAAAAAGGCAAGAAUGAAGAGAAGGGAUGAUGCAAAGAUUAAGAAGAUGAAGCUUGAAAAAAGGAAAGCCAAGCUUGAACAAAAUGCCAAGCACGUCGAGCUGAAGGCUGAACCGACGGACCCGACAGCGCCACAGGUCACACAGCCAGCACCUGCAGAGCCCAAAAAGCCCGGCCGCAGGAGGUCAGUGAAAGUCGAGGCUCCUCCACCAGUACAGCAGACCGAUGAGGAGAGGAUAGCCCAGGGUAAGAGGGUGCUGGGUGCCCGCAGUAAAGCCAAGGCUCUGGCUAAAGCUCAGGCAGAGGCAGAGGCUGCAGCUCAGGCCGCUCAGGCAGCCAAGAGGGCAGCAGAGAGGAGAGCGCAGGCCCAGAGACGCCUGGAGGAGAGGAGGAGGCAGCAGCUGAUCGCAGAGGAGCUGAAGAAGCCAACAGAGGACAUGUGUCUCACAGACCACAAACCUCUUCCAGAGCUCUCCCAUAUCCCUGGUGUGGUUCUAUCUGGCACAUCUUUUGCACACUGCUUGACUGUGGUUGAGUUCCUCCAUGGCUAUGGAAAAGUGAUUGGUCUCAAUGUACCCAACGACAUCCCCAGCCUGGCUACGCUGCAGGAGGGGCUCUUAGGCCUGGGGGACAGCCAAGUAGAGGUCCAGGACCUGCUGAUAAAGCUGGUGGAGGCCGCUCUCCACGAUCCAGGCCUGCCAUCAUAUUAUCAGUCGGUGAAGAUCCUCGGGGACAAGCUGGUUGAGUUGGAGCUGACCCGCAGUACCAUCUCAGAAGUUCUGCGGAUCUUCCUUGAAGCGCACGGUUUCAAUACCGAGGUUUGCAACACGCUGCGGACCAAAACAUUUCACGCCCUGCCGCCUGACACCAAGGCAGCCAUCCUGGGUUUCCUGGUGGAAGAGCUCAACAGUAGCAACAUUGUGACGAGUGACAUUGACAACACAUUGGAAAACAUGGCAACUUACAGGAAGAACAAGUGGAUAAUUGAGGGGAAACUGCGCAAACUGAAGGCAGCCCUAGCACGUCGCACAGGACGCUCAGAAGAAGAGCUGUGUUUUGAGGAGAGGAGGCGCAGUGCUAGAGUGGCCGAGGAGGAGAACCUCAGCCUGGAGGAGAGCGGCCUGGUCAUGGAGAGAGGCAGCCGCAGGUCACGCAAAGAAGAGCCAAAACUCAGUGAUAGUGAGAGCCCUACUAAUGCAAGCAUUCCAGAACUUGAAAGGCAGAUAGAUAAGCUAACCAAGCGCCAAGCGUUUUUCCGUAAAAAGCUGCUACAGUCGUCUCAUUCCAUGCGGGCUGUGUUGCUGGGCCAGGACCGGUACCGACGCAGAUACUUGGCUCUACCUCACCUUGGAGGAGUUCUGGUCGAGGGGCCAGAGGAGCUGCUGACUUCAGAAGAUGUUCUUAUAGCCGAAGUUCCCGUCACCUUCCUCAAAAAGGAGCCCAAAGUUGAGGAGACCACCAUGCCUACCACUCCCCCUCCGACUCUGCCUUCCUCCGCUACCUCCAUCAAGGCCGAGACCUUCUCCCCAGAGGAGGACCCCCUCCCUGGCACCGCCUCCCUCAUGAGCAGACCACGAGGACGAGGACGCCCCCGAAAGAUCAAACCAGAAGUAGAGCUUCACCUCCGCACGGCAAAGAUCCGGCGCAGGCGUCGAAGUAGCGCCCGGUCUGGAGGGGAAGAAGGACCUGGAUCACCGAACAGCGGAACACAUGAGCUCACGCAAGCUGCCUACCAGAGCUGGCUCAGCCAAUCACAGGAAGCGGUGACCAACGGCACAUGCUCAGCAGCAGGUGACGCUCCAGAGGGUAACCGGCCGGAGGAGAGUGUGAAGGAGAUGGCAGAGAAACAGGGGCACUGGUUCAACCUGCUCCCCAAACAACCAUGUGACGAUAACUCUCUGACCGAGCACCAGAUACCAAACCCACCCAGAUCCCCCCCAAAACUCCUCCCUCAGAUCCCAAGUCCUCUGCCUUCACUUGCUGAUCCACUUGUGCAGCCGGACCAACUUCUACCUGGCCUGGCCUCUGCUGACCCUGUGACACCAGCAACACCGCAGGACGUCCCCCCUACACCCCUUUCCCCAGCUGUUCUUACUUCUGCCCAACCAUCCAUACCCCCUCAGUUUCUUCCAGCAGCCAUUCCUCCUGCCAAGCCUGCCCCAGCCACCCCCGGCAGGGCAGUUCGCAGGCGGAGGAGAGGCAGCAGGGGCAGUAGUCCCGCUCGCAGAGGGCCGAGAGGAGCUGCAGCGAAACGCCGAGGUCGACCUCCAAAUGCCGUGUUUCAGGAGCUGGAGCAGCAGUACUUCACUCAGCUGGUGGUCAAACCCAUCCCAGCAUCUAUGGUGCGGGGCUGGUGGUGGAUCAAGGAUCCAGCCGAACUGUACAGCACCUUACAGGCGCUUCACCCGAGGGGCAUCAGGGAGAAGGUGCUCCAUAAGCAUUUGGCCAAACACAUGGAGAGUUUGACUGAGAUAUGCACGAAAACUAUCAACGACCCGAUGUUUGAGUUGAAGGUUGAGGAGAAGGAUGUGCUGAUGGAGGCUCUGCAGCAGCCCUGGCAAGUGCAGGAGAAGACAUUGGAGACUGACAUCAGCACCCUCCAGUGGGUGGAGGAUCUGGAGCAGAGGGUCAUAGCAGCUGACCUACACCUCAAGGCUCUUCCUCAGGGUGCAGUAAAUGAAGCAGAACCUAAUGGAGAGACGCCGAUGGCAGAAUUUCAGCCCUACACGAUCCCAGAUCCGGACUCCACCCGGGACGACCUCCAGUACUACGAGCACGACGCCGACCCGCAGGACGACUGGACCGUGCGGACCAAGAAGGAGUGGUCGGGCCUGCCACGUAUCGCCACACACCCGCUGGACUUAGCCAUGCUGCGGUUGGCUAAUCUGGAGCGAAACAUUGAGAGACGCUACCUGAAGGAGCCGCUGUGGAACCCCGCUGAGGUGAUGCGACUCGCUCCUCUCACCCCGACUCCGGGAGAGGAGCUGACCAUGGAUGUCAUCAGUCUGGAAAGUGAGAUAACGUCUCGACUACGAACGUGGCGACAGGCUCUGGAUCGCUGUCGCAGUGCUCCACAGCUCUGUCUGUGCUUAGUUCAGCUGGAGAAGGCCAUCGCCUGGGAGAGAUCUGUGACUAAAGUGAACUGCCAGGUCUGCAGGAAGGGAGACGAUGACGAUUGCCUAUUGUUGUGUGAUGGGUGUGAUCGUGGCUGCCACAUGUACUGCCUCAAGCCCAAAAUCACCCAGGUGCCAGAGGGAGACUGGUUUUGUCCUACCUGCGUUGCCAAGGACGAAAGUGAUUCCCCGCGCUCGUCCAAAAAGAGGACCAGGGUGAAAAAGAGGAGAUACGAAGAUGACAGCUCUGAAGAGGAGACGACGACGCCAACAUCGCGGCGCAGUAGCGGCGGCGGCGGCAUGGCAACACGGUACAAGGAGCCAGCGGCGCCCUCCUCAUCUUCUCGUUCCUCUGGAGACGGAGGCGGCACUAAACGUCGCCGCAUGACAACACGCAACCAGCCCGACCUCACCUUCUGCGAGAUCAUUCUCAUGGAGAUGGAGUCUCAUGCAGAUGCCUGGCCAUUCCUUGAACCCGUCAACCCCCGACUGGUGCCAGGCUACCGUCGCAUCAUCAAGAACCCCAUGGACUUCCUCACCAUGAGAGAACGACUGCUGCAGGGCGGGUACUGCAGCUGUGAGGAGUUUGCGGCAGACGCUCACCUCAUCUUCAACAACUGCGAGAUGUUCAACGAGGACACGUCAGAGGUGGGGAUAGCUGGACACGCCAUGAGGCGCUUCUUUGAGAGCCGCUGGGCGGAGUUCUACUCGAAUAAAGACAAAUAGGAGCCUGCAGCGUUUCCCCUCAUGGUGGGGCUGUAUACUGUUGGUGCUUUCGGCGUACCAGUCAAACACUCUCUCCAUCACUGCAAAGACUCUCUGGAGGUUCUUCCAGCUAUGUGUAUUCUCUCAUGUAUAGGUGUAUAUGUAUAGAUUUUGGCUAUUUGUCUGUUAUUGUCCCCUCUACGGGCCUCUUAUUUUCCAGGCCCACAACUGAACUGGCUUGAACUUCUUGUACUCAUUUCCCAAUCACGGAGAGUGACUGCAUGUACACGGCACACUUUAUCUUCCUUCCUUUACAUGUCGUCUCAUCUUCUCUUCAACACCUCAUUUCUUCUUUGAGUUCCCCUGGCUGUCACGUCCUUUCACACGCUCCAUGUCGUUGCGAGGCCUUCGGUCAGGUCCCCCUCCUCCCCCCCCCCCCCCUCUGCGGGUUGAUGACACCGUCUCGGGCCCCGAGUGCUUUGGCUUUCAGACUCGCGUUGAAGGUCGGGGACUGAUCACACACUAUGGCAGCCUCACCGCUGCACACUGGACCUGCUCGGCACCACUCGACAACUAAAUGGAUCAAAACUCCUCACAGAGCUCGGGCCAUUUCUUACCUGUUCAAUAGAAAUGUAAUGUAACGUGGUCUUAUGCAUAGAAGUAACUUUUUUGCUCAAUAUAUUUUUAUUAUAUAUUCUAUAUAUAAAUAUAUAUACAGAUUACAAUAGCUGGGAUUAUUUAAUAGCAAUAGCUUGUAGUGGAUGUGUACAGAUGACCUUAUAGAAAUGUCUUGACCAUUUAUGAAAGGCCAGUUAAACUUAAGGAAUCUCUUCUUGGACUGUCACGAGUAGACGUUGUAUAACCUCCACUUAAAGUCGUGCACUCACACUCUUCACCAACAUACACAUGAUUUCACACACACUCACACUCACACACAAACACACACACACCUGCUGCUGCUGUGUGAAAGACACUGGUUUCUGAAACAGGAGGAUUUGAAGUUUGGCUCAGAUAGUCUGCUCUGAUAGGCCCACAUUUUACUGUCCUCUCUUGUUGAAUAAACGGCAGAGUGACACCUGAUCCGAUAACAGACUGUACAGACCAGUUCUAAAUCGCGUCUCUUACGUAAGACAAGACAGUGUUUUCAGCUUCAAUACUUUAAUUGUGAUGUGAUGAAAAUGACGCUUUGGCUUUGGUUUGUUCUUCGCUUGUCAAGGCAGGAGAAACAUCGCGAAGGUAGUUAUGUGCAAAUCUGAAAUCCUCCCACUUUUAAAGACUAACAUUGCAAAGUUGCUCUGAUAAUGAUUAAGACGUUGCAUUCCUCCCUGGUUUUCAGUCUCACAUUCCUUUUUGAUUUUUUUUUUUUUUUUUUUGUGCUUUUCGAGGGCCAGCGUACGAUGUUGCGGGGGCAUGGUUGAUGUGCUCUGAAGGCCACGGGACGACUCCACAGUCUGGGUUUUAUUUAAACACGUUUCUUACACUGAACUCUGAUCCGUUGAUAGGAAAUCAACAUUCAUGUUCCUCAGUACACGUUAAGGGACAGACGUUUUUUCAAAAAAAAGAAGAAAAAAAAAGACGACAUGAAAACCAAACGUGGUGUUACGUGAAUUUUUAAUAAUGUACAGUUUUGGUGACUUUAAAUUUGUUCCUUUAUAUUUUUAGGACCAAUUCAUCAUUUUUAAGAGGAGGUAUUACAGGACUCUGUUGUAUUAAGGUGAUGUAACACGUGUGCAUCUGUAGAAUGUACUGUGAGUUGAAUAAAACCACAUCUAGUAGAAAGUA